AUGUAAACAAAACCAGGGAGAAAUUGACGGUGUUAAACAACUUAAACGACUGACAAGAGCAGUGUUUUUGACAAACAAAGCUUCAUAUGUGACCGACGCUGAAAGCUUAUUGAAGGCACCUUCACUGUUCUGUGAUGGAGCCAUCUGACAACAUGGGAAACAUCAACCACAUGGUGGAGGCUGCGGCACUGAACGAUGGUCCGGACAGCUCCGCCGGACAGAAACCUGCAGACUUGCUGAGAAUAAAACAGCAGAUGUCCAACCAGUGCUUUGAGAUGGCAGUCCAGCUUAAUGCAGGAAAAAGUAAGAGAUCGUGCAGCACAUCUGAAGCAGAGAGAGACUUGCCAGAUUAUGUCACUGAGUUGGAAAGACUCAAGACAAAUAAUUUCAACAGCACAUUGGCACUGCACAGAAUGCAGAUGUGGCAUGCUGUUGGAGAAAAACUGAAACUGGAUGAUUCAGAGGCAGUUGCCCUGAAAUCUGUGAAUGAACGCUGCAUGGCUCUUUGUUCACAAAUAAAGCAACUUCGGCAAGAGACAAGAGAUCUUCAAGAUGAAAUCACAGAAAUACAGAAGAAGAGGCUCAAGAUGAAGCGACUCACACAUGAGAAAAUGAAAGAAAUGGAAGAGAUGAUGUCCAAGAAAGAGCACCCAGAUACAGAGAGGUACAAAGCUGCGUUGGAGAAAGGCCAGGCGAACCUGGAGAAGUACAAAAAGAUGACCAUCAUGACGCAGAACGUCCUCAGGGGCAUACUCUUGGCCUGUAAAGUCAACUGGAUGGAUGACCCCAAACUGCGAGACAUCGCCAUGACGCUGGAGGAAUUUCCCAUCUCUGAAUAGAGAAAGAAAUACUUUUUUCUCAUAUUUAUAUGUGUCUGUAUUGUCAAACAAAUAAUCAAUAAAACUAC